AGUUCCUGUCCAAGCUGGGACACGUGAAAGACUUCUCCCACUGGCCGAAGCAGCCUCCCCAUACCCUCUGACCUCAAGGGAAGCUGGUCUACUUCCUCCCAUUUUUUUUCAUCAAAGAAAGUGCCAAUAAGCAGCAAUCGGCAAGAAUGUGAACAACUUUUCCAGUGGUUGAUAGCAGUGGCUCACACAGCUCUGCAGAUCCCUAAAAAGGACCCAGGACGGGAGUGCUCAGUAGAACCACCAUGAAGACCUUUAGGAUUGCUCUUCUUAUCCUCCUCCUAACCCCGCUCAAGCUCCUCACUACAGCAACUGAGACACCCAAUACGAGUGUUCCUCCUCCCAAUACAUCUGUCCUUAUAACCGAUGCUGCUGCCACCGCUGCUGAGACCACACGCAAAACAGUAAAUGCCACGGACAAACCAACAGCAACACCACCACAUCUCUCAGUGCAGUCCACAUCUCCACAUGCUAAGGAUGAUGCAAGGGUAACAGACAGAGAGGCAACGACCCAGGCCACAACAACUGUUCCCACGAGUGACCCACUUCAAAAUGUGGCCACAGUUCAGGCUACAUCAAAGACCCACCCACAAGUUAUUCAGACAACCACAGAGAGACAUGGUUUUCCUUCACCGGGAUCCUUGACCACCUUCAGACCAGAAGAGAAAGUUUCAGGUGGUGGAAUUACAGGUCAGGAAGGAGACAAGAACGAUAGGAAUGCGGGUCAAGAUGCCAGUCACCGGGCUGGAGAUGAAGAACCAGAAACUCCUAAAUCAAAUAAGAAUAUGCUGUGGAUUCUUUUGCCAGUCCUGGGAGUUGUGGUGGCUGCUGUCAUUGUCUUUUUCAAAUUUAAAAGCAUGAAGGUCCACGAUCACACAGAGGCAAUUGAUAAUGGAACAGAAAAUGCUUCUUUCCAGAGCAGGUCGGACAGCACCAAAGAUGGUGUCAUGCUUCUCGGGGUGAAGUCCUCAGCCGCUGCAAGAUAAAAGGGAGGGCGUCCCAUUCGACAGUAUAUGACCAAUAGCUCUCACAACCCGAAAAAUGGUCAAGACCGUCAACUAUCUAAAAAUGCUGGACAAUCAAAUAUGGCAUAUAAGAAUCCCGAAAGCUAAGUGGGCACAUUCUUAUACUGUAUAGUGUGGAAAGAAGAUUGGUGUGGAGUAUUGUGGGAUAUGGGACUCUUAACUGAACAUGUGUCUGUUAAAAAAUAUUCACUAGGAUACUGUAUAUCAUUUUAAAAAAUAUGUACUUCACUGUUUUUUGUAUUCUUAAUGUGAUGGUAAUUUAGCCAAGGAGGAACUGUGAUCUCAAUUUAAUCAAGAUCCAGACAUUUCAUUCAGGAAAACAAUGCUAGAUUUUGAAUUAAUGUGAAUAAAUGAACCCAAAAGCUCAUUGUCUGGGUGCAAGAGGAUUGUUUGUCUCAUCCCUGUAUUUAAGAUACUGGUUUUGAUUUUAUAUCACACAAACAUGUAUGAAAUCCAAAUGCACUGAACCUGAAUUCAGCACACAAUUCCUUGAUUCAAACCAGUUAGUGACCAGUACACAUUAUUAAGUGUUUGUAUGCUUCAAAUCUGUUGUAAUAAAUCAUUUAGCUUUCAGUGUAAAUGCCAGGAUUGCAAAGAUUAGCUAUUUUGCCGGUAUGUUUCCUGCUUUUCAACCAGUUAUUGUGUAUAUUAGAGCAAACAAUAAGACUUCCCACUGGUCAAAGAACAUUUGAAUUUCUCAAAUAAAGAAGAACGUUAUUUGACUGAU